UCUCUUAAAAGAAGACUAAAGUAGGAAAAAAUAGUUAGUAGCAGAAAACAUGUCAAGUGCAGCAACAUCUUUUCAUUCUUGUCUAUGCUUCUCUGUUCAGAAAUCAUCAUCGUCGUGUUCAGAUCAACUUUUAUCAACAACAAAACCAAAAUCCAUUCUCCAAAAAAACCCACUUUAUCAACCAACUCACAAGAACAUCUCGUUGCAAUUCAAGGAGAAAAUCUUGUGCUUAGAAAUAAUGGGUGUUGAUUCAGGGAAAGCACUCUCCCAAAACCCUUGUCUUCACACAGCUUCUUUACACGCUAUUCAUUCCAUCAUCACUUUCCUUCAAUCGAAAGGACUUUACCAGAAAGACUUUGCAAGGAUCUUUGGGAUGUGCCCAACAAUUCUAACAUCAGAUAUCAAAUCUGAACUCAACCCAGUUUUCAAUUUCCUCUCAAAAGACCUAAGAAUCCCUGAACAAAACUUCAGGAAGGUCAUCAACAAAUGUCCAAGAUUGCUCAUUUGCAGUGUUAAAGAUCAACUUAAACCAACUCUGUUUUAUCUUCAAAGACUUGGCUUCACAGAUGUACAUCAUUUAUCUUAUCAAGAUCCAAUCUUACUCGUUUCUAGUGUCCAAAAUACCUUAAUACCCAAGCUUCAUUAUUUGGUAAGUUUAGGAUUUUCAACAACUGAAGCUGUCCAAAUGACUUUGAGGUGUCCAGGACUAUUUACUUUUAGCAUUCAGAAUAAUUUCAAGCCUAAAUUUGACUACUUUUCACAACAAAUGGAAGGCCAAUUGGAUGAAUUGAAAGACUUUCCUCAGUACUUUGCUUUUAGUUUGGAUAAAAGAAUAAAGCCAAGGCACAUUCAACUUGUACAGACUGGAGUUUCAAUUCCAUUGUCAUUAAUGCUCAAGACUACUGAUGAAGAGUUCAACGACUUGAUAAGGCAACAAACUGGAUAAGGAGUAAUUUUUUUCUUUUUUAUUUGUAAAUCCUUUGUUUUUUUCUAACUCUUCACCUCACUAAAACUAAUAUCCUAGUAUAUUAUUUUUCCUAAUAUACUUUCUAUAUUUUGAUUACUUUAUUU